CAGAGACCACGGUCCCCUGCACGGCCCUGCUUCCCCUCCGCUCCGUGCCGUCCCCCGCCCCCCUCCCCGCGCCAUGACCGAGAUGACGCCCGGCGGUGCCGCCGGCCGGUCCCUGCGAGUGCUCCGCCUCGACGACGGCACCGAGCUGCCCGUGUGGCCGGGCGGCGGCGGCGGCGGCGCCGCCCCGCACCCGGGCGAGCUGCUGCUCGGGCCGGAUGUCUUCGCCAAGCUGGCCGCCGGGCGGCCGCUGUGCAUCGCACUUGGGCACCUGCUCCUGGAAGCGCGGUGCGUGCCCUCUGCUCAGACCCCAGGGCCCGGCCCUUUGCGCUUGUUGGCCCUGACUCACGCGGUGGUGCGGUGCCAGGCCCGACCCCCGGGCCGCGGGCGGGUGCCUUCUUCCCGAGGAGGCGGCCGGCCUCCCGAGCAACAAGGGCCUGCUCGAGGCGCGGCGCGUCCUGCCGGCCAAGCUGCAGGCCAUCGGCCUUUGCGUGUCGGCCGCGCGGCCAGGCUGCCCGGCCGCGGGGCAGCCGCCCCGGGUCCCCUUCGCGGCGCUGGAGGCCGCGGCCGCCGCGGCCCUUGCCGCGCCCGGGGCACAGCUCAUGCGCAUGGCCCAGACCCUUUGCCUGGUGGCCGGCGGUGUGGAGCUGGCGCUGGAGGUGGUGGAGCUCCGUGCGCCGGCGGGCGCCGUCGGCCAUGGGCUCCUUUCGGCCGACACCCAGGUGGUCCUGGUCGCCAAGCCGGGCGGGCGCGUGCGCCUGCACGGCGGCCCGGUGGUCGUGGGGGUCACCCCGCCGGGGGCCCCCUCCCAUGGGGUGGCCCUGCCGCUGGGGCAGCUCUACCCGGUGGACAUGGUCCACCUUCCGGCCACCAGCCUCGAUGUGCUGCUGGCGCCGGCCGACGGCCCGGUGGCCCGGGCCCUGUGCGCCGGGUGGGCCCGGCACCCGAACGGCAGCUUCUAUGCGGCGCACGAUGGCCGGACACUCCAGAUCCGCAUCUGCACGCGGCCGGUCCUGCCGGGGACCGCCCUCCGAGCCGGCGAGCGCCUGCUUUUGUCGCUCAACACCCGGGGACAGCCCCUGCUGCUGGGCCCCGGCGACGCGCCCCGGGACCUGGCCGUUGUCUGCCUCGACAGUGACCUGGCCGACGAUGGGCUUGACCGGCCCGGCAUGCUGGCCAUGCUGGCCGGGGCCCCGCUGCGCCGGGGCGAUAUCAUCCGCCUGGCAAGGCCCCGCGGUCGAUUCCGCGUGUCGCGGCUCAUGGACCGGGACUUCCGCGAGGUCUCGGCCGGCAUGGCCACCGGCCACGGGCCCGAGCCGACCGUCAUUCAUGUGCGCUCGCCGCGGGACAGGCCCGACGACCGGCCCCUGGUGGCCUCCCUGCGGCCGGAUCCCGGCCGGCCCGAGGCGGUGCUGCUGGACCUGGCGCCCGGGGCCCCGGACAGUGCCGAGGGCACCCUUCUGGUCUCGCCGGCCGCCUUCCGGCGGAUCGCCGGCCCGGACGACCUGCGCCGGGGUGCCGCGCGAUUCCUCGCCCAGGGGGCGCUGUUUGACGUGCGCCCGAGCGACCGGGUCCCCCGCUUCACCAUGGCCAUGCACCCGCGGGAUUUGGCAGCCCUGGGCCCGGUCCACAUGGACACCCUGCACCUGGCCCCCCUACCCGGGAUACCGGUGGCCGCGCGCGUGGACAUCCGCUUUGCCGGCGACCCGGCCGCCGCGCGGGGCCUGCCCUGCGACGAGACGCUCAAGCAGGCCUUCCUGGCCGCCCACGCCGGGGCCACCAUGCGCCUGGACCGGGACCUGCCCUUCGAGUGGCAGGGGCACAGGCUGCUCGCCGGCAUUCACGGUAUCGGCUGGGCGGACGCGCCGGAGGUGGACCGGCCGGUGGGGCUGCUGCCGGAAAAGCACUCCGCCGCGGCGGGCUGCCUGCAUGUCCUGGCGCCUGGGGCGGCGGGGCCCGCGCGCCGGCAGUGGCUGCUGCUUAGUCCGCCGCCCGGCGGCCAUGCCGAGCACCAGGCCCUUUUGAGUUUGGAGGCACGGGCCAGCCAGCUGGCCCGGUUCCCCCCCGGCCGCGCCACCGUCAACCCGCUGGCCUAUCGGGAGCUCCGGGAAUGGCUGCCCGAAGCCGAGGAGGCCUUUCUCCGGUCGUCCGGCGGCCAUGCGCUGCUGCUCGAGCCCGACCCCGACCCCCGGGCGGCCCCCUCGCACCAGCAACUUACCCUGAGCGCGUGGGACUUUGGCCGGCUCUUUGCCGGGCGCAGCCUCCACUGGGCCGGGGCCAGCAUGCUGCCGCCGCAUGCCGCCCGCGUCGAGAUCCACCUGUCGGUGGGCCCGGGCUCGGGCCCCGGCGCCCCCAUCAAAUACUCCUCGGCCAUGGAGGCCGUGCUGCAAAUCAUGGACGACACCAUGCUGUCCGUGGGCCAGACCUUCGACCUGCCGCUGCCCAGGGGCACGGCGCACGCCCGGGUGGCUCAGCUACUGGACCCCCACAUGGAGCCGGUCAUGGCCGGCAUGCUGUCCAUGCGCCGGUGGCCGGGCUUCGUGCACCUCAGCGCGCCGGGCGGGGGGCUCCGCCUGCUGGGCGUGCCGCCGACGGUCCUGCUGCAGCUGCCGCUCCUGGGCCCGGCCAUUCGCCUGCCGGUGGCCGACGCCAUCAGCCCCAUGCACCUGGAUCACAGCGGGAUCCAGGCCCCGGAGGAGACGCUGCGCCUGCUGCGGCGUCACUGCCUCGACGACGGCCCGGGCCUCUUCCUGGACCAGGGGCUCCACAUGCUGCCGGCCACCGAUCCCUCGCCGGAGCUGCCCCCGCACCACCUGCUCCUGGGCCAGGAUCUCCACCGCCAGCUGCCGGGCCCCAUGCGCCUGAAGUACGCCUGGCCGCCGGAAAUCGCCAUGGCCACCUGCUUCCUGUCGAUGGAUGAGGAGCGCCGCCUGCCGCCGCUGGACCCGGAGCAGCUGGAGCGGCAGCUGUACCAGGCCCUCGGCCCGGCCUCGGUACUCCAAACGUACCAGAAGUACCGGAUCACGGUUCCCGGCGAGGAUUCGCCGGAGCAGCGGCACGAGGCCUUCCUCGUGCCCACCAGGCAGAUGGACAUGCACAAUGUUGCCCGGCCGGCCGGGCUGCUGGUCCCGCGGCUGACGCGCAUCACCUUCCGGACCCUCAGCCGCCAGGUGGACCUGGGCCCGGAGCCGCACAUGCUGGCGGUGCGCUGCGGCCCGGAGCGCAUGGUCUUCCUGGGCGCGGUGUUUGCCCCGGCGCCGACGCCCCUUCACCCGGGGCUGCGGCUCCCGCGGGAUGUCUUCCAGUCGCUGUGCGAGUGGCGCCGGGCCGCGGCCACGCCGCCGGGGUGCCUGUUUUUCCUGUGCCACUCCCGGCUGUUUGUGGCCCGAAGCGCCGACGUGCUCCACGCCUCCCGGCGGGUGGUCCACCUGGCCGAGGACUUUCGCGCGCACAUCCCCACCUGCCCGGAGGAGGCGUCGCCCCUGCUGCUCGUGGACCCGCCGCUGGUGGCCAUGGUCCACAUGCGCGUGGAGCUGGCCGGCACCGAGGUGCCCCUGCACCGCCUGCCGGCCGCCCUGCGCGCGGCCUUCCCGGACGGCAGUGUGGCCCUGCUCGAGCGCCGGGCCACCCCCGCGGCCACCUUCAUGCCGGAGCUGCUGCUCGAUGCCGGCCACCGCGCCCUGCCGUGCGGGCUCCUGCAGCCCGGCAGGACGCGCCUGCGCCUCCACCUCCGGGGCCCGGGCCUGGCCUCGCCGCUGAGCAUCGCCUACACGGACGACGCGCCCCCGGGCCAUUGACCCCGGCAGGGCCCCAAAUACACGCCACAGCCAUUGUCC